AUGUUUCGAAACUUUUGGGGCCAUCCCUGGUUGCCCUGGCCGCGGCAGGUGUUGCCCUUGUUGACCAAGUCCCUUCCUCCUGUACCGCCGCCGACAAGGAGCGCACCGAACUUCCAAGAAGCACAAGUCCCACCAGCUCCAUGCUGGGAUUCGGAGCCAAAAGGCCUUGAGUUGGAGACGUUCCGCAACGAGAAAUUGGAUGACUGCCUGCGGGUCAAGCCCGCUGUGAACGUUUCGCUGCCAUCAGUGGGCUCCAUUCUUCAUGGCACCGGGACCUGCAAACCCUGCGCCUGGUUUUGGAAGCCGCAGGGUUGCCACAAUGGAUCGGAAUGCGGCCACUGUCAUUUGUGCCCGGUGGGUGAGUCCAAGAAUCGCCGCCAAGCGAAGAUGGCAGCGUGGCGGCAGGGUGGGCCGCCGAGCGGCGCAGCCACCACGUUGCCACCCUUGGCGCUGGUGCCACCGGUGCCCGAGGAGCCCUCAUGGCGUCCUCCCCCGGGUCUUGAGUUGGAUUUGAGCCCGACCAAUGCCGUCCCGCCGUUGCCGCCGGUGCCGCCCCCGCCGGUGGCACCACCGCCAGCACCCGCGGCACCAUUGGCACCGCUGACGGGGCCGGCGCUGGGAUCGGUGGGAUCGGCCAAGCACAGCACGGGAGAGUGCACCUUGUGCCCAGACGCCUUCACACCUGAAGGUUGUCCCAAGGGCCCUCUCUGCGAGAAAUGCCACCUCUGUGCCGCGGAGUUCCGUGUGAGCGAGACCGGGCCGAAGGACGCUCUAGCGUGCAUUCUCUGUGGCACCAACAGGUGCUCUUGCCCGCGCAUUCACAGUGGUAUGGCCUGUACUGAGCCGGAUGUGGUUGCUGCUGAGAAUCCCAGCACGGAUUUACCCUCCCUUGGCUCGGUUUUGCAUGCCAAAGGAAAUUGCAGUCCAUGCGCCUGGGUCUGGAAAGCGCAAGGUUGUCACAAUGGACGCAGCUGUGGCCGUUGUCAUCUUUGCCCUCCAGGUGAAGUGAAACUGCGAAAGAAGGCGAAGGUGCUGCAGGGAUGGUAG